AGCAAUUCUUCUUACCACAGCUAUUAACCUAAAGGUAAAUUAUAACAAUAGUAAGCAAUAAAUUUAAAAUUAUGUGUUGGCAGAAAAUGAAAACCCAAAAUGUUGUUUACUGUGCUGAGUGUACCACAACUUUCUUCACGUACGCUGGAGAUGGGUCAGCAAGAAGUGGGAGGGAUUCAUGACACAAAUAAUUCCACUUCAAAGCAUUUGAUUCUGUUCUAAUUUGGAAAUAUUUUCAAAUUACAUUUAGUGUGUUUGCAUGUGCCACGCAUGUGUGUGGCGGUCAGAGGACACCCACAGGAGCUGGUGUUCUCCUGUCACCAUGUGGGUCCCAGGACUUGAGCUCAGGUUAUAGGCGUGGAGUGAACCUUCCUUGCUGAACCUUGGCGCCGGUCUUGAUUUUGAUUUGACUUUGUACAGCAUUUUGUUGUUGCUGUUUAUUUUGAGACAAGGUCUGAAAUGUGGUUGGUAAAGCAAGCUGGCCUUGAACUCACAGAAACCUGCCUGUGUCUGCCUUCCACGCUGGGUUUAAGACGUGAGCUACUGUGCUUCCCCCUGGCUGGCAGCCCAAUGCCUGGAGUUUCUGUAAAGGAUGUAAAUCAGCAGGAGUUCCUCAGAGCUCUGGCAGCCUUCCUCAAAGAGUCCAGGAAGCUGAAAGUCCCUGAAUGCCUGGACACAGUCAGUCCGGCUAAACAUAAAGAGCUUGCCCCCUUUGAUGAGAACUGUUUCUACAGAGAAGCUGCUUCCACAGCACAGAACCUGUACCUCCGAGGUGGUGCCGGGGUUGACUCCAUGACCAAGAUCUACAGAGGUCAGCAGAGAAAUGAUGUCAGACCCAGCCACUUCAGCAGAGGCUUCAAGACUGUGGCCCAUCGGGUCUUCCUCCAAGCCCCGGAGGGGAUGAAAAUGGUGGAAAAUGACCAAGAUGGGAGAUGCAAGCUAACACCCCAGGGACAGAGAGAUCUGGACAGGAUCACUGGACAGGUGGCAGCUGCCAAUGAGAAGCACCAGAACAAAGGAUGCUGGGUUAAUAAGUUGCCUCAUCCAUUAAAAAACUGUGUCCUACCACACCUCUGGCCUUGCUUUGAAUUUAUUCAGCCAAUGAUUGCUGGAUUCUUCAAGAUUUCCUCAGCAUAGGAGAAAAUGGAGGCAUGACCCUAGUUGGCACACCGCACUUCUAAAUAAGAAGCAUGGUACAUGAUGCUCCUGAAGUCAGAACUCUGAAUUCUGAACUAGUGUGAGUAGCCAGCAGCUGGCCUGUGGAUGAGUCUGCACUCUCCACAUCUUCCACCUAGAGACCCUGGUGAUAGGAGGGCUCACUAUCUAAUCAGAUGUGAUGUGCUAACCAACCACAGCUGAUAGGCUUCCAUUAUAUAAGUGGUUCCUCAUGUGCAAGAAAGCAGAUGCUGUUCCCUGAGCCCAUCUCCAGAGAGGUUCGUCUCCCUCUCCUCACUAACUCAGGGCCAUUGCUGCUUAUCGGGGACACCCCAGUUACAAUGAUCUCCCCUCUCCUCACUGACUCAUGGCCAUUGCUGCUUGUCGGGGACACCCCAGUAACAAUGACACCUCAGUGUUAAAUUCACGGAAAAUUCAAUGGUCAAAGUCAAUAUUGAGCAUGCAUUGGUGCUUGAGACACAGUAGUAAAGAGUACUUGUAUCUGUCCUCACAGUACUGACAUUCUCCUGGCAGAAGACAAACGAUGAUAGUGUUUGGAAAUCAGUGCACACAAAGUAUGCCAGUUAUAAUUAAAUGCUGUUGAAAAUAAUACAGUAGGAAAAGAGUAAUCUGAACAAUUAUCUGAGCAUAGCUCAUUUAUAAUAAAAAUAUUUCUUUUCUUGCCUUUCUUUUGCCAGUAAAUUUACUAAUAAUAACCUCUGAAAGUAUGCUGUGAAAUCCAUGUAUAAUCACACAUAACUGAUUUAUCCACUUUUUUAUAUUACAAAGGACACAUUAUGAUUCGGUAAAUUUGGAUCAUGCAGAAAAAAGUCUUCAGAUGAAAGCGAUGCGUGGAAUUGAGACUGACAUGUGUGCUGUUGGAGG